UCAGGAUAUUCAACAAAUACUAAGUACAACCCACUUCAAAUUAAAGCAGAAAUAGCAAGUCAUCGGGACAGGCUUUCCAGAUUAAAACGAGAGCUGACCCAGAUGAAGCAAGAACUGCAGUACAAGGAGAAGGGGGUGGAGACGCUGCAAGAGAUUGAUCGUAAGAUGUCAAGUGCUCACACCACUUACAAACUGGAUGAGGCACACGCUAUAGUGAGUGAGCUCAGGACUAUUAAGAAAGCCAUUUGCACUGGUGAGAAGGAGAGGUGGGACCUGAUGCAGAGCCUGGCUAUGCUUACCGAUGGUUUCAAGAAUUACUGCUUUAUUACUGACCCUCUACAAGAUUUUCCUCAUAAUGCUGGUCCACUUUUAGAAUCUUGUUUGCCUCAACAAUUCUAUGAUGCUGGAUCUCAGACUGACAUCUUCGGAGAGUUUGCCAGUGAAUGCAAAACAAAUCUUGUAGACCAAAUCAGACUUAACUGGCAAUAUGAGGAAGCCAGAAAGAGGGUACUACUUCAGGAAAAAAAAAAUUGUCUACUUGUGCAGCUGGAAGAGGCUACCUGCUUAACAUCUUAUCUCCAGUCUCAGUUAAAAAGCCUGUCCGCCAGCACCCUGACUGUGUCUUCGGGGAGCAGCCGCGGGUCCCUGGCCUCCAGCCGGGGCUCGCUCGCCUCCAGCCGCGGGUCCUUGAGCUCUGUCAGCUUUACCGACAUCUAUGGCCUCCCGCAGUACGAAAAACCCGACGCCGAGUGUGGCCAGCUUCUGCGCUUCGAUCUCAUUCCCUUCGACUCCCUGGGACGAGAUGCCCCGGUCUUAGAUUCCCCGGUCCCCUCGGGCUUCCACAAGCAGAGGAGUUGGCAAGCCGACUCCGUGGACAGCGGCUGCAGCAGCUGCGCCCAGACCAGCCCCCCACACCCGGAGCCCUGCUGCGUUGGCGUCGACCCCCUCCAUGGACACGCAUUUGCUGGCCAGGCCGAUCCUUACAGCCCUGAGAAACUUCAGCCUCCACCUCUGAAGGUUGAUAAGGGAACCAACACAGAAGAUAUCUUCCCAGAAGACAUAGUGAGUCUUCCAAAGGAGAGGACCAGCCGCAGAACCUGUGGGUCACAUUUUGUUCGGAGUAGCCCAGUUAUCCGUUCACAGACCUUCUCCCCUGGAGCACGAAGCCAGUAUGUUUGCAGACUUUAUCGUAGUGAUAGUGACAGUUCAACACUGCCCCGGAAGUCUGCCUUUGUCCGAAACACCUUAGAAAGACGGACUCUUCGCUAUAAGCAGCCCUGCAGGUCCUCCCUGGCCGAGCUCAUGGCCCGCACCUCCCUGGACCUGGAGCUGGAUCUCCAGGCCUCCCGAACGCGGCAGAGGCAGCUGAACGAGGAGAUCUGCACCCUGCGUGAACUGAGGCAGCGGUUAGAAGACGCGCAGCUCGGGGGCCAGACGGACCUCCCCCACUGGGUGCUGCGGGACGAGCGAUUCCGGAGCCUGCUGAAGGAAGCAGAGAGGCAGACAAGACAGACAAAACUUGACUUCCAUCAAGAACAGGCAGUUGAGAAGAUGCUGAAGAAGGCCUCCAACGGGGUCUGCCAGCUGUGUGGGCAGAACCACAAAGAGCCCAUCCAAGUGCAGACCUUCAGGGAGAAGAUAGCAUUUUUUACAAGACCAAGAAUUAGCAUACCUCCUCUGCCAGUUGAUGAUGUAUGA